UUGGCGAAGCAGUCGUGUAUGGAACUCCGGAGUGUUCGGACGUUGCCUACCUUGUUGUUUCUGCCCUACAUAGUCCAACCAAUAGUCGUCUAUUUGUGUCGUGGUAUAAAAAAUUCACAACUUCAAUCUGAACAAAGAUACUUCUGCUUCCGACUAUCCUUCGCUGCAACGUAUUUCGAACACGUGUAUACUCUUUCGAAACAUGCGCUCCCAUGAAAGUGAGAACGAAACCCUUUAAUAUCCGCAGGAAAAAUAUUACAAACAAAACCACGGCUAAAAAGAAAUAUCGCACCAAAGACAGGGAGCAGCUGAAUUGUGCAUCAUCGGCUCACACGCCUUCCCACAUUCAAUCAUCGAUAUUUAGAAUAUUUAAUUCUGACCUGGAGUAUGGCGUCAUCGUUAUUGGUAAUCGGUACUAUUCUACUCGGAACCACAUAUUGGAAUACGGUGAACGGACAAAGUUGUUCGCGAGAGGAUCAUCAGAGAUGUGUAUCGUUGGCAGAUCCGCUGCUGAAAGAUCCUCAUCUAAUAUUUCCAGACAACAUGCAGGACAUUGAUUUGGUUUGCAGAACGUGGGCGAGUUUUGUCGACUGCAUACGUCGAUAUAUUGAAAAUUGUUUCACGGAACAGAGGAAAGAAGAAUUCAACUCGGCGGUUCAGCUACCAAUCGCUUCCGUUCAUCAAAUGUGUUCGGUGUCUACUUACCAAGCCGAAUACUUGCAACACGCGACAUGCAUAAAAGCAACGGUUACUGAAACCGAACAUUGCGGCAUGCAGUACGCUGCUUUGGUGGAUGAAGUAUCCAGGGGUGAAGUCGCCCGGAUCAGUUUGUGCUGUUCACAUCAUCGUUUCCGGUCCUGCGUCAUUUCGGAAGCACGUCGUCGUUGUGAUGCUGGCCAAGCAGAAGGUGGAGCAGCCAGGUUUUCAGCAGACGUUCUCGACAAGGCUCUGAAAUUUUUGCAAGAUCAGUGUGUGAAUUACAUACCAAACAGCGGGGAUUGUCCGGUUCCGACGACCGAGAAUGUCAUGUCUGUGAGUCCUUUGGGGGAAAGUCGUCCCAGUCACGGCAUGCCUGGUACAUUGGGAACCAGAAGUCGACCGUAUCACAGGACCCAAACACCUGAAAUGAUUUCAGGACAAGCCACCACCACAGUGUACGAUGCGAGUGCGAACACAGCUUACCCCAGCGGAUUUCGAAGUACCGGCCGAUCGCUGAAUCCUCCGACUGUGGCGAACACUGAAAGAAGCGAUUCUUGGUCUCCGUCAACGUGGAUGUCGGCGAUAAACGUGAACAAAAACAGUGUCAGUUUGAGCAACAACGUAAUUCCGAGUAAAGUGGGGACCGAUAUGGAGGGCGAAGACGUCGCACAAGUGGAAACCAGCACGUUUCCAAAUUAUGCUAAAACUCAACCGCAGGACGAACAAGCCGUUGUUGUAACGCAACGACCAUCCACAUACGGAAGAGGGAUGUUGUGGACGUCACCGGCGACAGAGGCGCAACCGGAAAUACCGGCUUGGGCCACCAGCACUUGGCUUGUUUCCAAUCAGAUACCCGUGACUGAUGACACCUGGUAUCCAGCAGCAGGUAGUUACGGUGGAAAUCAUAUAGACGAACCCAAUCAGCAAGGCUUGACAAACGCGCAGAACGGAUUGUCAAACAAGUACGCCACAAUGAUCUGUAUGAUCGGUAUCGCUUACAUACUGUAAGCGAUCAGUUACCUAUUAGAAGAUCAUUAAUGAUAAUAAGAUAUACAUAACAUAUCUAAUAAUAUACCGUAUUGUAUCGAUGAUACAAGCUACUCCUGAACACAAGUCAAGUUCAGCUCGAGGAGUCAUUUGGAUGAUUUUUUUUAUUAAAGGCUGACUGCAAAUGGACCUGAAAAAAUAAGUUUCGCCAGAGCUUUUAUAAAAAUUAUUACAAAGAUUUUAUAAUAAAGAUUCAAUCUUUGCAUCGUUAAAUUCGUGGACAAAGAUUCUGGGUUUCGAUCCUAUUUAUAUUCGGCAUGAAAUUAUAGCUUGUUAUACGUUAUAUACUCAGCGCAAUACGGUCAUAGAAUUAGGUUAGUCACGUAUUGUAAUAGAUCAGGUGCUACAAGUAAUAGUUUCCUUCCACUGCUGUUAUCAUAUCGAGUUAUACGUAUAAUUCGAGUGUAGAAUAUUGUCAUUGGUAAAUUGAAAUGGAAGUGUACGACAAAAAUUUAAGUGUAAAAAUUUUCCCGGCAUGAUCUAACGUCCCCGAGGAUAUCAUUCUUUCUUUAUCAAUCCUGUUACACCUACGAUAAAUAAUGUAGUGAUUCUUCUCGAUGAACGCUUCCUGAAUCACUUUUCUUCACUGCACGAUCAAAAUGAAAUAUACGAACUUUAUUUCAUCUUCAAAUUCUAGUGUAACCAAAGAGUAUACUGCUAUUUAAAGAAUGCAGAUAAUAAUGUUAAUAUUUACUGAUAUUUCCAAUAGUGCUCUUCAUGCAUUUAACUUGCGUAAGAUGUCAUUUAUGAAAUUUUUCAUUUUCAAUUACUCGGCGUUUAAAAAAAUUUUAGUCUUGGUUUUAGGUUAUUAGGCCGUACGCAUCCAAGAUAUGCUCCGUGAAAUAUAAAUAUCUCUGUUACAAAUUGACAUACUUGUCUUUAAAUGUUCGUUACGCAUUAUGAUCAACAAUAUACAUGAAAUAUAUGUAUAUGAAAAUAAUUCCGUUUAGUAGAAUAAUAUUACACUAGUCAAUGACCAAGGUAGAAAAUGAAUACAUGUAUGUACAUAAUACGAUGAUGUACCAAGUAAUUUGUAUGGUGCUUGAAGUCCGCAACAAAUAUUCACAAAUGCAAAUAUAAAUUAUGUACGAA